AUGCCAGUUUGUAUAGUCGAAAAUUGUUUUAGUGGCAGUAAACGGAAAGGGUUAUUUUGUGACCCAAAGAUACAUAUACAUCGAUUUCCUAAAGAUGUCGGAAUGAGAUCUUUGUGGGUGGAAAAAAUUCGAAAUGCUUCAAAUGUGAUCAAAGAGAUUAACUGUGAUACUGCUGCCGUAUGUUCUUUACAUUUUUCUGUAAAUUCAUACGAAGAAAGAACAAAUGUGCAAAAUAUGUUGGAUUAUUCUCCAAAAUGUGGGAGAAAAUUAAAACCUACUGCUAUCCCUUUUAGUGAUGGAAAUCAAUCUUCUCCAAUAAAAACUCCAGCUGGAUUAUUUUCUGUGACCAGUUCAGCUGAUGAAUCUAAAAGUGUUGAAUCUGUGUUCAGGCGAAAAAUAUCAUGCCAAGUUGAUUUGUUUGGUGUAUCAGACACUAUACCUGGUGUCAAAUGCCUUGAAAAUAAUGAGCCAGACUUAUUUCAAAAAAUGAAUAAUGAUUUUGAAAAAUAUAAGAAAGAGAAAGAUGAACUUAUGGCAGAAAAUGUAAAAUGUAAAAAUAUAAUUCAGAUGCAAAAUGAAAAAAUUGAGUACUAUAAACAAUUUGUUAAUUUGGAAAAUCAAAGAUUCGAAUCCCGUUUUAGUGACAUUUUGUCUAAAUUAUUUACUAGUACUCAAAUUAGUCAAAUACUCCGACCGAGUAAAAAAGUUUCGAAAUGGUUACCAGAAGACGUAUCUUCUGCGAUUACAUUACGUAGUAUUUCGCCAAAAGCCUACAGAUAUUUAAGGAAUAAAAAACAGUACCCAUUACCAGGUUUGUCUACAUUAAGAAGAUGGGCCUCAACUUUUGAAGUUGAACCAGGAAUACUUGAAAGUGUAUUAACUCUUAUGAAAGCCAAAGGAACUUUAAUGACUGACAAUGAAAAGCUUACUGUUAUUGCUUUUGAUGAAACAUAUAUAUCCAAUAGAAUAUGUUACGAUAAAAAAAAUGAACAGGUGAUUGGACCACAUAGAUGUGUGCAGACUGUUGUUGUACGAGGCCUUAUUGGUUUUAAUGUAAUUUCGAUGGUAAAUGAUAUGGGCCCUUCCAACAUGGCUUUAUGGCGGUCUUUAAACAUUUCAAAUGAAAAUACGUCAUUUAAACAUCCAAAUACAGGAAAAAGUGUUCACGUUUUUGCAGAUGUCCCACAUCUCUUAAAAUUGGGCAGGAAUCAUUUACUUGACAAUGGGUUUGUACUUCCUAAUGAAAAGUAUGUUGGUAAAGCAAUUUUCCAAAAGCUUCUAUCAAUUGAUUCUGAGAGAUCAGAUUAUAAGUUGGCACCUAAAUUGACUGAACGGCAUAUUGAAGUUCAAGGAACUGGAAGGAUGAAUGUCAAACUAGCUGCUAAUGUGUUUUCCGAUACAGUUUCUAAGGCCCUUGCAUAUCUUGGCACAAAGAAUUAUAUUGAUACAUUGAACUGGAAAGAUGCAAGAGAUUCAGAAAAGAGUCUGUUAAAUGAAAGUGACUGUUUAACUAGCUUAAUGUUUAACUCAAAUGUGUUUGAUGAAGUGGAUGAUUCCAACGAACAUGAUAAUGAAAUGGCCAAUAUAGAAUCGAGUUCAUGUAUAUCAAAGUCUUCAGUUCCAAAAGAAUGUUUUGACCUACUGACCGAAUUUGAAAUGGAAAACAGUGAGCCUUUCAAUGAACUCGAACUAGAUUGUGCCCAAUAUGUAGCUGGAUAUGUUGCUAACCGUUUUGCUAACAAACAUCCAGAACUUAUCAAACAAAUUGAUGAUAAAACUGUUAGUUGUUGGACUAGUUUUAAAUCAAAGGGUGGUUUGAAAUUGCCCUCUGACAACCUGAUGGUGGCAGUCAGAAAAUUAGAAAUCGAAUUUCAAAAACUUCAUCAAGAUAACAUUAGUAAAAAUAAAAAUAUAAUGAAAAAUAUGACCAACUUACUGAUGCCUCACAUUGAAGACUUGUGUAUUCCAAAAGAUGCUAUUGAAUGCCUUGUAAGAACAAGGACAUUCAUCAGACUCAAUGAUCUCAACAACAGGACCACAGAGAAAAACUACGCGAAGAGACAAGAAAAGAGAAAAAAACAAAAAUUUAUAAAUUAA